UGGAGUGGAGCUGCUCCCCAACCUUCUCACCACCACUGGGGGAGGCUGUGAUCGACAAGCUGAAGAACCUGGACCAGCCACCCUGGCAAGGGGGCAAUCCCCUGCACGGGGUGCCUGGGUGGGGACAUAGCAGGAAGCACUCGGUCUCCAAGAGCCUCAAGCACCUUUUCCACCCCGGCAGCAAGUUCCUCAAGACGCUGAAGCGGGGCCUCUACCUGACAGCCAUCUUCUACAAGGACGACAACAUCCUGGUGACCCAUGAAGACCAGAUCCCUGUGGUGGAGAUUGAUGACACCUACUCCUGCCUGCUCAUGCAGGACUUUCUUUGGUUCACCAAGGUGUCCUGCAUGUGGGAGGAGGUCCUGUGGCUGCGGCAGUGUGUCACCGUGUCCCAGUCCUCCUGCUCCUGCAUCCUGCAGACCCGCUUCAAGAUGCUGCUGGCCAUCUCGCAGAUGCAGGGGCUGCUGGGCAUCCAGGACCUGGGGCAGGUCUUCUUUGAGCCCGUCAAAGACAAACAGGGCAACAUCCUUAUCGUCACCCUGAAGGAGGUGAAGACCAACCAGACCUUCGAGAGCGUUCGCUGGGUUCCCAUCUGCAAGCUGCAGAGCAGCCGCAAGUCCGUGUCCUCCCCGGAGGAGCCCACGGCCCUGGACACGCUGCUGGUCUCCAUCCAGGAGAAGCUGGCCUACCACCAGCGGAGCAGCCACGCCCUCUCCUCGGGCCUCUACCUGGGCUACCUGAAGCUCUGCAGUGCUGUGGAUCAGAUCCGGGUGCUGGUGCCGGAGCAGCUCCCCAACAUCCUGUGCCACGUCAAGAUCCGCUCCAACCCCAACAUCUCCAGGGAGGAGUGGGAAUGGCUGCAGAAGAUGGCCAGCGUGGAGGAGCAUCUUCCUGCAGAACCAGAGCCUGAGACUUCCCAGAACCACUUGUUUCAGGAGCUCCAAGUGGCCAUCAAGGAGCUGAUGACCCUGGUUAACAUCCCAUUGCAAGAGGCCAAAGAUUUCCGCCUGUACAGCCAAGAGGUGUUGGACUUUGGGGGCCAGGUCUCCUUCCUGCUGCUGCUGCCUCCAUCAGACGACGUCUGCACUGCUCCAGGCCAGAACAACCCCUACACCCCUCGCUCUGGCUUCCUCACGCUGCCACUGCAGAUCUUCGAGCUGGUCCACUUCUUCACAUACGACCGGGAAUUCAUCACCCAGUACUGCCAGGUGUCUGCCCUCCUGGAGCUGGAGUCGCUUCUCUCUCAGCAGAGCCUCAGGGAGGCCUUCUCUGACACCGAGCUCUCCACCGCCAAGCAGAGGCACCAGCAGGUCCAGGACUACAUCCAG